AUGUACGAUACAACCGUGAUAUUGAUCGACAAGCAACUGCAACAGCAGCAACAGCCUCCAGAAACGUCUUCUACUUCUGCGAUUACGCGUCCAGCUCGGAACACAGAGCAGAAGUCGCACUUUCAGUUACUCCAGAAGAACCAUAGAGUGUCGCCUGGAAUGCGUAUCAAGGUGGACAUGUGGAGUUGCACCCGAUUCCGUUGCCACGUCAGGCCAACAAGUUCUGGAGAGAAGACCCCCAAUCCGCGCACAGUGCGCGCUGUUGAGAAGUUCGCGUUUGCGGUGAUAGACAUUGUUCGCAGCUCUUCGGGCUACGACUUUGUCGUUGAAGGCACCGCAAAGCAGUUGUAUCUGGCUACUAUGGCCAUGGAUGCGCUGCUUCUCGACGGCAUAGAGAGCUCAGCUCAUCACUAUGUACUUCUGAGAGUGGAUGGCCCUUGUUUCGACAAGCGUGCUGCGCAAAUCCGAGGUGUCCUUGGCACUCUUGCGCCUGAAAAGGGCUUGAGCAAUCUUGAAGAUUUGCACAUCACGGUGGCUCGUGUGCACGCUGCGACAGAGAGGAAACGGCGCCGAUUGGUCAACACAGUUGAAAUCGGUUUCCAUGCGCUCACAGCAGCCAUGGAAGUUGAUCCCCCCCCUUGGUAGUCUUGAAGAAAUCUACGAGUCUCGUGAUUCCUGUAAGUCAUACAACCUUUUUUUACUCGAGGAUAUUCGUGAAUGAUUUUCUCGCGAUUGAACAAUAGUCUGUAAACACGCGAUAUAUGUGGUGGUUGCCCUCAAGCCUGCGGGGCGGAACGAUCUUGGCAGACUGAGGAUAGAUGCACAUGACCUUCUAUAAGGGGCCACAAGAAUCAUAGGCCAACAACAACGCACCUACAGUUCUUAAUCAAGAAACAUUUAAUAAUGUUUUGAGAGAAAGGAAUCUGGAAUUGGAUCUUGGACCACUCGUGGUAAACAGGAUCCAAAUCAGUGCGAAAAAGGUAUCCCUGUCAAAGGGUUAACAUCAUCG